UUUAACAAAUCUUCCUUCUUGUAAGGAAGGAAAACUGUGGUUUAGAUCGUUUUAAUGAUUUUCGUGCGUGUAUAAUAAUUUAACGUUUCGUAGUUAAAACUUCUUUUGAAAAUCGAAAAAGAACAGUGUAAAUAUGGAUAAAAGGAAAUUAUCAACUGCAGGCGAUAGCCUGUAUCAAAUACUGCAAGUACCGAAAACUGCAACGGCGGACGAUGUUAAGAAAAGUUAUCGUAAAUUAGCGUUAAAAUAUCAUCCUGACAAGAAUCCUAAUAAUCCCGAUGCAGCAGAAAAGUUUAAAGAAGUGAACCGAGCGCAUACUAUAUUAAGUGACGCUACAAAGAGAAAUAUCUAUGACAACUAUGGCUCCCUCGGAUUAUACAUAGCUGAACAAUUUGGAGAAGAAAAUGUUAACGCCUACUUCGUGGUGACUAGUACUUGGUGCAAAGCACUUUUCGUCGUCUGUGGUAUUUUGACCGGAUGUUACUUCUGUUGCUGUUUAUGCUGCUGUUGUAACUGCUGCUGUGGCAAGUGUAAGCCGCGUCCUCCAGAAGAGUCUGGUGACUAUCAUACCCUGGAACGGGAUGAUUCAGACGGUGUACAACCCGUUACGAGUCAGCCAGGUGGUGAAGGCCGGCCGACGGGCGAGCAAGCGCCGCCUAUCGCAAUGCCGAUGCCGAUGCCGGCGCCGGCUCCGGGCGUAUCCGAGAACACGGGUCUCAACACAGGGAGCAGUAUUCCAAAAUACACAUGAAGUAUUUACGACUAGUCUAACGUUAUUUGUAAGAGAAAUGAGGAACUGACUACUUAUUACCACCAACAUGCCAGCUUCUUACAGUUGUAAGCCUAAAGAUAGUUUUAUGUUUAAGCUUUUUUUUAUUUAUUAUUCUUUAUUAAUUCAAAUGUUGGUUUUAUAAUCUUAUUUUACUUCUUAUUUAAUAUCAAUACCAAUCCCAUUACUUAGUGGCUUGUCUAUUUCAAUGAUGUAUAAACGUGAUUAACGUUUAAAUUUUAAGUGUCGGAAAGAUAUUUUUCAUUUUAUUUUUAUUUUACGAUUUAUUUUGAUAAAUAUUUUUUAACAUUUAAAAACCACUAUGAUAAAACAUUACUAUGCUUAGCUUUCAAUAUCUCCGUUGUUAGUAUUUCAUCCUCUAAACGACAAACUAAGAUACGUUUGAAGAAUAGGUCUUUGGAAUACUGCCACUUUUAAACUCGGCCAUAGUUGCCUUGAUAUAUUAUUGAUUUAAUUUUAAGGUCAUAUAUUUACAAACAUUGAGGUGAUCAUAUUAAGUAACUACUACUUGUAAGUUUUUUUAUAUCUUUUUGUUAAUGCUUAGAACUAUUGUAAUUCCGAUAUGUAUGUUGAAAACUAUUAUUUUCUGUACAUAUAGGCACACUGUAAAAACAUUUUGUAAAUUACGUUUUAUAAUUCGGUAACUGAAAAUUUUCUUAAGUAUAUAUUUUUUUAAAAAAUUUGUAGUUUUAGCGAUAAUUGUCGGUUAGUUUUAUAUGAAUUGCCUAUUUAGUUAUUAAAUAUUGUGUUUAAAGGCUUUAUGUAAUUAUGAUUAUUAAACUUUACAUAAUAAUUCCAAGAUUUUCAUAUACAUCAACAUUUAACUGAUGUGCCUAUUUUUGAUUUUCAUAGACAGCAGUGAUUCUUUGAAUAGAACAUUCAUAAGAAUAUAGAUAUAUAAAAAUCUAAACUUUUAACAAUUAAGAUUGGAGAUUUGUACGUAAAUCGAGUUUAGUGUUACGUACAAAUCUCCCACGCACUCCAUGGGUACGUGAAAGAGAUCGGCAAACGUAUUGUUCAGCCUGGUAAUAUUGAGGUUUCGAAUCAAGUACGAGUUACGUAUUAGUAAUUAUGUGAUGUUACCCUUACCAGUUUAAUUCUAGUUAUAACGUUAAAAAGACGCCGCAUCGAAUUAAGAUGUUGUGAAAAUAAAACCUGUUACCGGUCUUGCGAUUAAUCUGUCUUUUUAAAUAGGAGUUUUGCAUAUUUUAAUGUAAUGAAUAGUUACUCAAAUCUACUAAAGUCUUUCAAAUUAAAAUCGAGUAACUAGCUUAUGCUUUAGCUAGAUGUAUAAUUGUUGUAAUGUAUAUGAAGAAAUAAAUAUACUUAAAGUUAA